AAGGGGAGUAACCUGCAUACACACUCUUCAUUUAAUUGAACCUCUAGGCCUCAGCCUGUCAGAGAUGGCACUCUCAAACUCAUGGUUUCUUACUUUGAUUUGUGUGAACAUAUUUGCCCUUGUGUUUUUAUUUAUUUCUUGGGGACUUUUAUCAGAAACCAUUACCCUGCCUGGUCACUCAACAUAUGAAGAUGAAGCCUGUAAUAUUGAUGAUAUUUUAAGCAUAAUAGGUGGGCUAAAACUUGUCAAUUCUACUAAAGCAAUCCCAGUGACAAAACCAAAAACUGAUCAAAGGAGAUUAUCUACACCUGAUGCUGAGACGCCCAUGCCUCCACUCAACAUAAGUGUGUAUAAGAAGCUUCCUGUUUGGGAUUUUGAAGAUGUUUAUAAGCAGGAUGCUCCGCCGAGACAGAGGAUUUGUGCCCAGUCUCCACGAAACAACCAGGACAAUUGGUUCAAGAAGGCUUUCCUUCCCAACAUACGACUAUAUAUGCAUAAAGACAACAUCAACAUGAGCGAGUGGAACCGCCUCUCACAUUUCAACAAUCCUUUUGGUUUUAUGGGUCACCAGUAUAAAGAUGUGAUGGAAGCAGUGAAGUUGAUUCCAAUUCCAAAAGAGCCACUAUUCGUUCGAAAGCCAGGCAGUGAUGGGUGUGUGCGCUGUGCUGUGGUGGGAACAGGGGGGAUCCUUAACGGCUCUAAAAUGGGGAAAGAGAUCGACGAUCAUGAUUACGUUAUCCGAAUGAACGGUGCAGUCAUUAAAGGUCACGAGGAAGAUGUUGGAAACAGAACAUCUGUGUAUGUUCACACUGCCCACUCCAUGACUUCGUCGAGGUAUUUAUUUAAGAAGUACGGAUACACGUCUGCUCCGGCUGAUGAGGGAAUAAAAUACGUGAUGAUUCCUGAGGGGUUGAGGGAUUAUCAAUGGAUGACUGGUCUCCUCAAAAGAGAAAGGGUUGCCGCUGGCCCAUUUCGCAAUUCAAGGCCUUGGACGUACUAUGGUGGUCAGUUUGAUGAGAGACGUUUUUAUGUUCUGCACCCGGAUUUCCUCAGAUACACGAAAAACAGGUUCUUGAAGUCUCGUAAUCUGAAUGCCAGAUACUGGGCGAUAGUCAGACCAACCAAUGGAGCAUUUGCCAUCUUCACAGCUCUGCAUACAUGUGACAUCGUGUCGGCCUAUGGAUUCAUGACAGAAGAUUACAAAAAGUACAACAACUACUAUUUUGAGACUGGCAAAACCCAUGUUGUUUUCUUUAGCAACCAUGACUAUAACUUGGAGAAGGAUACAUGGAAAAAACUGCAUAACACCAAAGUUAUGAAGCUAUACCAAAGAACAGACUCAGGAUCAAGGACAAGAGUGCAAAAGAAACCCUGAUACUUUGAAAGAAAACAUCUACAAAUGGGUCAUUUGCAUUAUGCUGCGAUGGUGGAAAAUCUAAUUUGGCAUGAGGUGUUACUGUCGUGAUCACAUUGUGUGUUUUGGUUAUUUAUAAUUAUUAGUGGCUUGAACUGGUUUAUGCCGGAUUCCUAUGAUGGGGAGUGGUAAACAUAUUAUCAAGGUUGAUCAUUUAAAGGAAAAUACUGAUAUCAUGUGCCUUUUGUAGGUUUUAUUUCCACCUCUGUAAGACAAAUACUGGAUUUAUCUUUUGAAAAGGUAGCAUUUAUAGAAAAAUAUUUUAGUAGACUGCAUUAUAUCAGUAAGAUUUUGCCUAGCACACUGAAAAUAUUUUUAAAUCUUAAACGCUUUUGAAGACAUGAGACCCCAUACAUGAUGACAAACAACAACAGAUGUAAUAGUUGUGUUCUUAUCAUAGACUGUAUGAUACAUAGGCAUAGUCUUU